AUGCUCCUGAAUCUUCUUCUCAAAAUCCUAACAUUUUCACAAUGUUUCCACGUGGCAUUUUCGGAUCUUUGGGCCGAAACCGAAAGAAUGCCUGAUUUACAACAAUGGCGAGCACUUUGCGGAUAUUAUACAGUAGCCACAGCUUAUAUGAAAGACAGUAAUGCAAGGAUUACUGUAUUUGCACCAGUUGAUGAUGUGUUUACCUAUAAUCCGAAUAUUCGAGCAUUGGAUCAAAAAGAAACUUUGAGUCAUAUUGGUGAGAAAGGGAUUCUGGUGGGAUUUCGAGAUAGAAAACAUGAAAAAAUUAUUUGAAAAUGGACCAAAAUCCAUCAUUUUGAGCUCAAAAACUCCAGAUUUUCAGUGAAAAAAAUUCCAAUUUUUUGCAGUUGAUUCACAAGUCGUCGAACUCACUCAAAAUAAAUUGUGGGAAAAACAAACACUGAUUCGAUCGACUAUAAAUAGUGGAUAUGUUUAUGUGACACAAUUCGAGAAUAAUCCCGGAAAUUUUGUGAGUUUUUAAAGGGACAUACAGGAUGCUACAGAAAAUUCGCUCGAAAAUGACCCAAAAUACAUAAAAAGUUUAAUUUAAAAAAUAUAUUUUGAACUAAUAUGGUUUAUUGUAUAUAGAUGUAAUGGAGUACUGUAGUUGUUUGGAAAAAGAUUCCUACAGUAAAAAGAAAAUUGUUCUGAAUUUUCGAGAAAAAUUUAUCUACAGUAACCUAAAGUAAUUUUUCUACAUCUCAAGAAAGGAACAUGGUCCCUUAAAACUCAGCCUACAGUACCCCUAGACCUCUCUACAGUACCCUAUGAUGUGUUUUGCAGUCUUAUUUUGCGAAUGCUGGAAUGCUGUGCAAUCAUGCCUCAAAUCAAUGGGGAAUAAUUUCUGGCGAACAAUAUUUGUUCAAAAUUUGCACACCAAUGGGACAUCGACCGUAUCCUGGAACUGCACUAUCUUUUAUUCGAGAACACGAUAAUACGGUAUUCGAGGAGAGACAGUAUAAUAAUCGAGAUUUGAGGUGAGGCAAAGAUAGAUAGAGAGAGAGAGAGAGAGUACGGUAGAUUUUAGCGAUAUGAGAAAAUGUGACAUUUUUUGGAACAAGGUUAGAAUUCUACUGUACCCUGAGCAAUCGUUGAGCUCUAGGAUUACUGUAGUUCGAAAAGGUUAUGUUACUGCCACGUGGAUUUCAAAAAAAAUUUCGAAAAAAAAAAUUUUGGUCUUAAUAGGAAUUCAGCGGAAGUACUGUAAGUGAUUUGGAAAACUAGUUGGUGCCGAAAAUUAAAAUUUGAAAUUUUUAAAAAUUAAAAAUAUUCAUAACGUGAAAACCUCACCCUCUAUUUUCUCCGAAAUUCGUUCAUUUCUAUCUUUUAAAAAAUUUCCAGUCAAAUCCGCGAUAUUCUGGAUCGUGUUCCCGACAUUGCACUGGUUAUUUAUGGUUCUUCAGCCUGGAAUGGUUUUCACACAUUUUUCAUACCAAAUGACAAGGCUUUUGCAAGAGUUGUCGAUCGAAAUCGUGUCGAUCGUGAAGUUUUACUUGCUCAUGUUACAAGCACAAAUCGGUGAGCAAAAAACAUUUUUUCAUCAAAAACUUCUCGGAUUUUCAGUGUUUUGUUCACUUGGCCUUGGUUGUAUGAUGGCGGACAACAUUAUUAUCCAUCAGUCAGAUUUUCGUCGAAUAUUAUUGAGGAUAAUUUCAAAUUGAAAUUGGUUAUGAGAAAUAUUACGGAUCGGAGAACCGGAAGAUGGGAUUGUGAGUUUUUAUGUUUUGUAAAUAUCACAUAAUGCGAACUAUUGAACAUUUUAGAAGUUUUAGAACCUGUUCUGAAAAAUGUUAGCGUUGAAAGUGUGGAUUCAAAGAUUUCCAGGAUAAAAUACGUUCCAUAAUUGUUAUGAAUUCAAAUUCCGACUGAGAAUUUUGAUUGAACGCAUAAUAUAAUUUCUGAUUUUCAAGUCCUAAGUUUCAACUUUAAAGUAAUUUUUCAGUAUAUGCUGUCUCAGAAGUCUACGAACGAUACUCCCAAUUCCGCCGUGGUGCAGUCUGGGCAAAAAUUCUGGUUCCAAAUAUUCCCGUUCAAAAUGGCGUGGUUCACAUUGUCGAUAAUGUUUUGGGAAUUGUAUCGGAGACUAUUGAUAUGCUGAUUUAUAGGUAAUGACUGAAUGGGAUUAACUUUUCGAAAGUUUUGCUCGUAAGGUGGCCAACUCAAGUAUUUUCCUAAUAUUUUUAUAGAAAUGAUAAAUGCACAACACUUCAAAGAUAUAUCAAUACAAUCGGUCAAAUUGUCAGAAAUUAUUUUUCGGCGACAGGAGGAUUGGUCACAUUUUUCGCGCCAUGGAAUGAGGCUUUUGAUCGGAUUCCGGAACAAAUUGAAAGACGACUUUUGCGUGAUCGAAUUUGGUUGGAACAAAUUCUGAAGCUUCAUAUUGUACCAGCCAAGGAGUUGACCUCGGAUGAGAUAACUAAUGAGACUAUUGUGAAUACUGUGGAUAAUAUGCGACAGUUGUAUUUUAUCAAAGGAGAAUGGCCGGCGAAUAAUAUUAGUGAGUGAUUUCGAUUUGCCGAACCAAUUUGAAAAUCUCAGAAAAAAUACCCGGAAAAAUUAUGUUCCAAAUUUUUAUUAUUUAAAAUUUGGAUUUGUGAUUUUUGAUAUCUAUCUUUGAAGUUUUGAAGUCAGUCAAAAUAAAUAAAUUUUAAAUUCCUUCAAAUCGAGUUGUGGAAAAAAAUGAUUUUUAAAAUGAAUUUCCAACCAAAAUUAUCAAUUUUCCAGCCUAUUACGUAAUUGGUGGUGGAAUAAAAACAGCAAUUAUGAUGGACAAUGUUGCGGCGACAAAUGGAAUUGUUCAUUAUAUUGAACGAGUUUUAGGAGUUCCAUAUCAAACACUUUGGGAAAUUAUGAGAAAUGAAAGUCGGUUGCAGUGAGUUUUUCAGAAUUUUUUAGAAAAAAAAAGCGCAUCGAUAAUUUUUAAAUUGAAAAUUCAAAUGUGCUCUAAUCAAAAAAAUUUUUUGAUUUUUGAAAUAUAAAACUGAUUUUCCGUGGAGCGAACUUUCUUUCUAAACAGCUCCAAAAUCUAAAUUUUUCUCAUAAAAUAGCGAUUCUCAAUAGAGCGCAUUUGAAUACCCACCAAUCCACAAAACCCUUUCCAGACGCUCUUUCGAAAUGAUGAGCAAUCUGCAACUCCGCUACGCAAUGGAUCCAUGGCAAGUUCUGACACCCGAACAAAAUUUCACAUUUUUCGUGCCAACCAACGAGGCUUGGGAUAAAGUUGCACCAUCUUUGGUGGCUCGAAUGAAUGACGGAAAUCAUUGGCAAGCAUUGCAAUAUGUUUAUAAGCGGCAUGUUUUGCAGGGACAGGUGAGUGGGAAGAAUCUCUAAAUUAUUUCAUUUUCAAUUUUCAGGCCCUUAUGUACACCGAUCUUCGUGAAAGGACUUAUGUUAUGAUGAAUGAUGAAAAAGUGGUGAUUAGGAGGAGAGGAAGAUGUGAGUGUUCUUUUGGGGCAUAGGCUCUUCAAUAGAAAGUCUGAAAAACUUAAAGGGACAUGGGAUUAUUCUGGAUGACAAUUACGGUAUUUUUUGAGUAUAAACACCACCAGCUGGGUCCUGUCACGAAAAUAUUCCAUGUAUUAUUAAGGGAACAUACCCAUAUUAUUUUCAGAUUUCGAAUUGUACUGGCCACGCGGUCACCGCGUCGCUCGUGUUAUCGAAGGCGGUGAAAUUGCCGGAAUCAACGGUUACAUUCAUAUGAUAGACAAUGUUCUAAUUUAUGAGCCAGAUCUUCGAGCUGAAGCCUGUAUCACAGAACCCAUAUUUUUACAAUUGCUCAUUGUGCUUUUUGUGUGGAUUUGGAGGCCUGGAUGGCAUUUUUCGACACUAUUUAGUUUGAGGGGAUGA